AGGAUUGCGUGCCAUCAGGAUGGCAUGCCAUCAGGACUGCAUGCCAUCAGGAUUGCGUGCCAUCAGGAUGGCAUGCCAUCAGGACUGCAUGCCAUCAGGAUUGCAUGCUAUCAGGAUUGCAUGCCAUCAGGAUUGCAUGCCAUCAGGAUUGCACGCCGUCAGGAUUGCACGCUGAUUGCGUGCCAUCAGGAUUGCAUGCCAUCAGGAUUGCAUGCCCUCAGGAUUGCACGCCAUCAGGAUUGCACGCCAUCAGGAUUGCAUGCCGUCAGGAUUGAUUGCAUGCCAUCAGGAUUGCAUGCCCUCAGGAUUGCACGCCAUCAGGAUUGCACGCCAUCAGGAUUGCAUGCCGUCAGGAUUGACUGCAUGCCAUCAGGAUUGCAUGCCAUCAGGACUGGAUGCCAUCAGGAUUGCAUGCCAUCAGGAUGGCAUGCCAUCAGGACUGCAUGCCAUCAGGAUUGCAUGCUAUCAGGAUUGCAUGCCAUCAGGAUUGCAUGCCAUCAGGAUUGCAUGCCAUCAGGAUUGCGUGCCAUCAGGAUUGCAUGCCAUCAGGAUUGCAUGCCCUCAGGAUUGCACGCCAUCAGGAUUGCACGCCAUCAGGAUUGCAUGCCGUCAGGAUUGUACGCCAUCAGGAUUGCAUGCCAUCAGGAUUGCAUGCCAUCAGGAUUGCAUUAGGCUUGAGCAACGGGUCGGGUCGGGUCGGGUAACCCGACCCGAACCCGACUUUUUGACGGGUCGGGUCGACAUUUGCGGAAGGUUGACCCGACCCUCGGGUACCCGACCCGACCCGACCCGACCCGACCGAUAAAACCCGACCCGUCGGGUCGGCUUAUUACCCGUCCCUGCCCCUAUGCCAACCCGACCCGACCCGACCCGAAAUCGGGUUAGGUAGAACCCGACCUAUUGAACACGGGUCGGGUUGACAUUUCCUGAACUCCGACCCGACUUGACCCGACCCGACCCGACCCGAACCCGACAUCGGGUAGGGCAAAGUCGGGUCGGGUCGGGUCGGGUCGGGUUCAUGCUCAAGCCUAGAUUGCAUGCCAUCAGGAUUGCAUGCCGUCAGGAUUGCACGCCAUCAGGAUUGCAUGCCAUCAGGAUUGCAUGCCAUCAGGGUUGCAUGCCAUCAGGAUUGCACGCCAUCAGGAUUGCAUGCCGUCAGGAUUGCAUGCCAUCAGGAUUGCAUGCCAUCAGGAUUGCACGCCGUCAGGAUUGCACGCUGAUUGCACGCCAUCAGGAUUGCAUGCCGUCAGGAUUGCACGCCAUCAGGAUUGCAUGCCAUCAGGAUUGUAUGCCAUCAGGAUUGCAUGCCAUCAGGAUUGCAUGGCCUCAGGAUUGCACGCCAUCAGGAUUGCAUGCCGUCAGGAUUGCACGCCAUCAGGAUUGCAUGCCAUCAGGAUUGCAUGCCGUCAGGAUGGCAUGCCAUCAGGAUUGCAUGCCAUCAGGAUUGCAUGCCAUCAGGAUUGCAUGCCAUCAGGGUUGCAUGCCAUCAGGAUUGCACGCCAUCAGGAUUGCAUGCCGUCAGGAUUGCAUGCCAUCAGGAUUGCAUGCCAUUAGGAUUGUAUGCCAUCAGGAUGGCACGAUGGAAAAUCACGAGCACGUAGAAGCUGGUGUAGGAAGGUGCGGUGUAAGAUUCUCGGGUCAGGCUGGGUGGCACAGAACCCAAGUGACUGUAGGAAGGUGGCUGCAAGCUUGCACCAUCCGUCCGAGCGUUUUGACUUGCAGCCACACGAUGGAAGGAAUCUCUGUCUUGACUCCCUCACUCCGCAUUUCUCCCCUACCCCCGUGCCGCCUGGCAUGGCAUGGCAUGACAUGGCAGGCACUUCAAGCGGUUUGAGGACGAUCACGCGGUGAUGGUGUUUGAGGAUGGCGAGCACUGCUGGAACGGACCGGCGAGGAGCAUCAAGGUGCACUUUAAGUGCGGCGGGCAGGUGGCAGUACUGGCAGUGGACGAACCCAAUCGAUGCGAGUAUGCUGCCAUCGUGACCACGCCCUCCGUCUGCACCGAGGAAAAGGCCAAGGAGUUGGAGCAGCAGCUGGAGGCGAUGCUGAGGGACAUACAGCCUGCGCACGAUGAGCUCUGAUGCCUCCUUGCCUAGGAUGACCUAAAUGCACCCACCCAGCCAUCGAUGAGUCCUCAGGCGAGACUGGUUGUGUAAGGGCAAUGGGAGGAGUUAAUUUCCGGGUAGGGCAGAGGCAAAAAAUUGGGGAACACAACUGACACAGAAGGAUUACGCUUCGUGCGCAACGAGUGCCGUGCGAUGAGACGACUUGUCGCAAAAUAACCCAGAGAGCAAAAUUCGCAGGGCCAGCAUGCUACAUACUACUGGGCUGAGAAAAGCCCUAGGAUCUCUGGCAGAGACUGUCAACUUAUACAUAUUAUCUAUGUAGAAGUUAUAGGCUAGACUGAGGUAUGCUUCUAGUGAGUACAACCAACUAGUAUUUGUUCUAGGUUUCCACCUCUAGUA